AUGUUAGGUCCGACGACGAAAUGGCAACAAUUGACACUUGUAGCUGGCAUAUUGUUAGUUACCGUCGUCGAUGCAAUUGAAUCACCGAACAAUGACUUUAGCAAUAGUUUAGUAGCAGCAACAGGUACCACCGCGAGUUUCGUAAAUGCCCAGUUGGGCAUUCAGUUGGAGGAAUUUGGAUUGGGCGACGUGUCGUCAUCGUCGCAAGAUGCGCUUCCCACACGUCAAACGGCAAAAAAUCUGUUGCCGCCGUAUCAAACGUUUUCCAUAGUAGAUAAUAUUAGAUAUGUAGAUAGCAAGACGCGGAAUAGUCGUGGCAUGCCCGAGACUUUCGGUUCAUUCAGAAUUGUCAGCAGCAGCAGCAACAACAAGACACUGCAUCUCAACGAACAACGAAGCGAUGAUGGGGUGCUUCGGAGAUUUGAUAGUGAAAUGCCAUACAACAGCAACAAUUACCACAAAAUUGAUAACAAUACCCUUAGUUCAUUACAACAACAACAACAACAACAGCAGACUUACUAUAUUCCUAUGCAAACUGUGAACCGUGAUAAAAAUAUUAACAUUAAUAAUAACAUAUUACCAACGACAAAUCCAUUUAUACAACAAAUUAACGAUGACAUAAUCGGUCAAAUUCAGAGUGAAAGUAAUAACCACACACCCGUAUCGCCAACAUCAACAACUAGUCAGUCGAUGAGUAAAUACGACGAGCCCGAGUCCGAAUACGAUUAUGUCGAACCAUCGGCGCGUCGUUCCGGCUUCCGAUUUCCCGACUCUGACUCACGUCAAGCAAAAUUCGUUCCGCAAGGUUACAGCGAAGACAACCCCGCCUUUGCUGAGACUCUAAGUAACCAACAUCGCCCUUUUCUCGAUGACCAAUUCCCGCAAGACUCGUUGAAAGACCACAAUGAACCGGCAAAACUCGCUGAACUUUUGGGACGUGCUCGAUACAAUCCCGCGUUGCUUGGUUCGGAUGAUCCCAUUGUCGCUGAAUCUUCAAAUUUGCAUCAAAUUCGUAUGUUGCCGAUGAUACCGGGCACUAACAUUCCCGAUUCGAUCGCACAAGAGAGUGAUGUUAAUCGUCAAGGCUUGAGAACGUAUCCGACAAUUUAUUAUCAAAAUGAUUUUAGACCAAGUCGACAUUAUUUCCCGAAUAUUCCUAAUAUUCCAAGUAUUCCGAAUAUUCCAAAAGUUUAUAAUGAAGCGAAUGAUUUUCCGCAAGUAAUUGCAGCGGCAUCGAAUAAAGCAAAGUUUCCUGUUUCGACGUGGAAAAGUCGCACGCCGAGAGUUAUUUUUCCGGUGCCUGAUGGCAUUCCAGGGGGCGCUGCGAUCGGAACGUCUCCUUAUAGCAAUGAUAAUAUCGUCUUUAGGGAUCAAAACUUUGGCUUGAAUGACUUGCAAGCUGUUCAAGACAUUCGUAACGAGUUUGAUUUGGUUGAUGGCACAACAGAGGAGAGUUCUCCAACGCCCACAAAAGACAAAGGAAACGCAAAUUCACGCACAGAUCGACAGUGCGAACGCGAAGGUGGCCAAUGUGAAUUUUUCCUUAUGUGCUGGAUGUCAUCCGGACUAAUUCAGGGAACGUGUGACGGGGUUUUACGUGGUUGUUGUCAUCACAUUGCAAAAUCAUCAAAUUUAGGCAACGAAGUUUUUAACUUAACUAAUCUUCCAAACAAAGAUUUUGGUCCCGUGGUUAAUGAAAAUAGUUGUGGUAUUUCCCUCGCAAAACAAGGCGCACAAAGAAGGAUUGUUGGCGGAGAUGAUGCUGGAUUUGGAUCGUAUCCAUGGCAGGCGUACAUUAGAAUUGGGUCUUCAAGAUGUGGAGGCUCUUUAGUAUCAAGACGUCAUGUUGUUACAGCUGGACAUUGUGUGGCGCGUGCGACGCCGCGUCAAGUGCACGUGACGUUGGGCGACUACGUGAUAAAUUCCGCCGUAGAACCCUUGCCGGCGUACACUUUUGGUGUGCGAACCAUCAACGUGCAUCCGUACUUCAAAUUUACGCCGCAAGCUGAUCGAUUUGACGUGGCGGUCUUGACGUUGGAGAGACCCGUGCAUUACAUGCCCCAUAUUGCCCCAAUUUGCCUUCCGGAGAAAAACGAAGACUUUUUAGGUAAGUUUGGAUGGGCCGCUGGAUGGGGAGCCUUGAAUCCCGGAUCCCGAUUGAGACCAAAGACGUUGCAAGCGGUCGAUGUUCCAGUUAUUGAUAAUCGAGUUUGUGAGAGAUGGCAUCGCUCGAACGGCAUAAAUGUCGUCAUCUAUCCCGAAAUGUUGUGCGCUGGGUACAGAAAUGGCGGCAAAGAUUCAUGUCAAGGCGACAGCGGCGGUCCAUUAAUGCACGAGAAAAACAAUCGUUGGUUCCUCAUUGGCAUCGUUUCCGCCGGAUAUUCGUGCGCUUCGAGAGGUCAACCCGGAAUUUAUCAUCGUGUUGCUCACACAGUCGACUGGAUCUCACACAUAAUCAAUCCAACUUAA